AUGAAACUUAUUUCUGAAAAGAACAAAGAUGUUGAAAAAGCAGUUGAUGAUGAAAUCGUUAACACAUCAAAAAAACAUUGCCCUGAACAAUUAGAAUCACUAAAAUUAUCUUUAUCAUUUUUAAUGUGUGCAGAUAAAGAAAAUAAGAGUAAAAAUGAAAGUGCAAGCAAGGACCUUGAAAUGUUGGUAUGGAUAAUGAUAAAAAAUUUGAGAAAAUAUUUUGAGGAUAAGAUCAAAGAUUCCGUGUAUGAGGUGUAUAAGGAUAAGAUAGUUUAUGUUUAUAUCACUUUGCUACUUAUGAUAGGGUCAGCAAGUAAAAUAUCCAAUGUGGCUAAAAUCAAGAAAAAGUUGAAAGAUAAAAAUGACCUAAAAUAUAUGAGAAUUUUAGUGGAAAUUAUGGAUGCUUACGUAAACGAUUUCAAGGAAUAUUAUGUCAAUUCGGCCAAUUCGGUCAAUUCAGUGGUCAUACCAAAUAUAAUAGAAAAAAUAAAUGAUAUCAAACAUUUUUUGGUUGGAAAUUCAUUAGAGAAUCAUUCAACUAACCUAAAAAAUUAUUUGAUUAAACUCUCACAACAAAACUCAUCAGACUCACAAAGCUCUACUAAUAACAAUAAAUGGGCUAUGUUGUUUAAACUAAUCUUUGAAAAGUCUGAGGAUGAUAUAGCAAUGAAGAUGGAGGAUGUAUUAAAAAAUACUGAGAAUAUUAAGGUGACUGUGGAUGAUAUAGAAAUGAAGAUAGAAAUGACGAUGGAGGAUGUAUUAAAAAAUAUUGAGGAUGCAUUGAAGACGAUCAUGGAUAUGGAAAAGAUAAAUCAAAAUGCUAAAGAGAUGAAUCAAAAUGCUAAUGAUCAAACUAUAUUUGACUGUCAUAUAUAUCAUUUAAAUAAUGAAAUUAAUGGAUUAAGGAGAGAUAUAAUGUCUUUGAAAGAUAUUAUUAUAAAGGAAAAUUGGUUUAAAGACAAAAUUCUUUUAUACGAAAUGUUUGAGAAAUUGAAAGGCUGA